AUGAGAGGAGGCCAAAGCUACGUCUCAUGUCCUCCGUCCUUCUCCAACGACGGCAACCGUCUCCUAGUCGGAUGCGGAAGCUCCGUCGCUAUCUUCAGCACCGCCACCGCCUUGCAGGUUUCAUCUCUGGAAGGUCACACCAGCACCGUCACCUCCGUCGCGGUCGUCCCCGGCUCAAAGAUUCUUUCCUACUGUUGGACUUCUUCCCUCGACGGAACCAUUCGUUAUUGGAAUUUCUCCCUUGUCGAAUGUAUCAAAACAAUCGACCUUCACCUCCCUAUUUUCUCCAUGGUUAUACCUUCCUUGUUAUCCUCUCCGGAGCAGAAGAGUGGAAAUCAGCAGAAUGUUUAUGCAUAUGUGUGUAUGCAAACUGAAAAUGACAAAGAUAAUAAGCCUAGACUUUGUUCUGCACAGAUCAGGAAGUGUAACUUGACAACCUUUCACAGGCUUUCAAAAGUUACCUUGAAAGAGACUAAACGGCCUCAACAUUUGACGAUUAGUCCAUGUGGAAAGUUUUUGGGCAUAAAAGACAAACGCAAACUUCAUAUAUGGAAACUUCCUAAAGUGGAAUCUGAUUCUGCUGUUUCACAGAAGAUUACCCUGCAUCAUACAAAAACCUUUGCAGUUCUUGCAUUCCAUCCAACUGAGAGGAUUGUGGCUGCAGGCGAUGUAACUGGAAGAAUUUUGAUUUUUCGAGGAUUUGGUGCUCAGAAUUUUCGGGACAGCGGUGAGCGGUUGAACAAAAAAUCAUUGACUGAUGAGGAAUCUAAGCCUGGGGUAAGGCAAAAUGAUGAUGCUGAAUCAUGCUCUACAUGGCAUUGGCACUCCGCCGGAGUGAAUCUCUUAUCCUUUUCUUCGGAUGGAGUCUAUUUGUAUUCAGGCGGGAAGGAGGGAGUUCUUGUGCUUUGGCAGCUAGACACUGGAAAGAAGAAAUUUUUACCAAGAAUUGGAUCUCCUCUUCGUUAUUUUGUAGAUUCUCCAGAUCCUUCAUUUUCCUCGAUAUCUUGUGCAGAUAACCAAAUUCAUAUAUUAAAGACCUCUUCCAUGGAAGUAAUGAGGUCUAUUUCAGGGAUAAAGCCCCCUUUGUCUUCUCAAGAAAUAUGUGAAAGCAUUUCUAGCCAAGCUGCCUUUGACCGCACUUCUGGUUUAGUGGCUGUACAAACAGAGAAUUAUGGCAUCCAAUUCUACAGCUUGUUUGGCAAUCGUGGUCUCUAUGAGGUUCAAGUAUGUGAAAGAAAUUAUCAACCAGUUGACGAGGUCACGGUAGUAGUGACCAUGGUGGAACUGUCUAUUGAUGGUUCUAUGAUGGGUACAGUAGAAGUCAAGCUUCCUGAAGAAGGAAUAGGAGGUCUAAUUUGUUUGAAAUUCUGGGAUUUGUAUUCAGAUACCAAAAGAUUUUCAAUGUCUACCCUUAUUUAUGAACCUCACAGGGAUGCUCAUAUUUCCGCAAUUGUUUUUCAUCCGACCCGUCAUAUGGCUGUCAGCACAUCUUAUGGUGGAGAUUUCAAGAUAUGGGUUUGCAGGGAAUUAGCUCAGCAUAAAGACCAGACACUACAGAAUUUUAGUUGGAUGUGCCAUGCUGUUGGGUCAUAUAAAAACAUGGCAAUGAGAGCUGCUGCUUUUUCAGCUGAUGGUUCUGUGCUUGCAAUUGCAGCAGACACUGUUAUUACAUUGUGGGAUCCUGACAAGAAUGAGCUCAUUGCUGUUGUAGGAGAGACUCCAUCGCCAAUCGGGAGGCUCAGUUUUGUUGGAAAGUCCGAGUAUCUUCUUUCUGUUUCUCAUGGUUCCACACCACAGCUAUCUGUUUGGAGUAUGUCAAAGUUAGCUGCUUCUUGGUCAUAUGGGCUUCACAUAGAAGCUGUUUCCUGUGCAUUAGAUUUAUCAUUUUUUGCAAUCCUUGGUCUCCUUCCCAAAUCAAAUGAAAGUUUGUUUAAAGGUGAUGGAAUAAUCAUAGUGUUCAACGCAACAGAUCCUAUUCCUGUGGCUUCUUGGUCUGUAACGAAGGCCAAGGGAGGGAGUGUUGCUUUUCUUAAAGGAAAUCCAUCUGAACUAGCAGAUGGAAAAUCAUCAGAAACACUGCUUGCGUAUUUAAAUGGAGAUCGCGAAUAUGUCCUAUUUGAUCCAUUUGACAAGGAAGCACGCGGGCUUAAUAUGACUAAGAAUGAUGAUUUUGUUGGGCUUGAAGAAAAUGGACAAUUUGGAUAUACAUCAAUUUAUGGAGAGUUGCCCAAGUUUGAUUUAAAAAGGAACAAAACUUCAUCGGUUUACUCCGCUGCAUCAAAUAGGCCUUGGGAAACCAUAUUUAGGGGGUCAUCACAUAUGUUGCCACCCCUCUCCAAGUUGUGCUCUGAAUUUUUGGAGUCUCUACUGGAGAAAAGGACUUCAAUUGUAGAAUGA